AUGACUACACAUCCCGAGACCGUUGCGUGCGGUGCGACACCCGACGCUGCACAGCCCGUUACUUCACACCAUAUCCCUUCCGACUCUACUCCGGCCUCGAUUGGUCCCUCGCUAUUGAAAAAACUUUGGUCUUCCGUGAUACAGAGUUUGAAGCCUUUACAGCCCGUUAGAGCUAAGGAAGGAGAUAUAUGGAUCCAGGAGGGGACAGUUGCCUUCGCAAAAGAUGAAAAUCAAAGUGAUAGGACAAUGUCGGCUAUAAUUCAACUCGAUUCAGGAUGCGAAAACGUCAACCUUAUUUCCGCCGAUUUCAUGCGUACGCUUGGCUGGACUCAGGAUCCUUCUUGUGAAGCUCAAGAUGUUGGUGAGCUCCUCAACGGAGAGACGGUUCAGAGCCUGGGGACGGUAAAAGUACGCUGGUUUGCACCCGAGUUCCGUAUGCGCCGCUAUGCAGAUGCCACUUGCCACAUAAUGGAAACGGAAAAAUUCGACUUACUCAUGGGCAAAGCCGACUUGGUCAGAUUACGUCUGUACAAAAUCAAUCGGCCGCCUCGGAUUUUUGCUUUGUACCCUAGAUCCCCUACAGUAAGAGGUGAAAGUCGCCAGCAAAAGAACGAUGAGGCCAAAACUGCACGCGAAAAGGAAAAACAAGACAAGGCGGAACGUGAAAAACAAAAGGCCCAAGGAAACUCCACGUCAAAUGCGCCGUCGACAUCAUGAGAAUCGCACGGCCUUGCUCCUCACAACGACUCUGCAAUGCUACAUACAUACAUCGAUACAGGGGUUUCCAUUAUUACGACUAAUGAUGCGUCUCUGACCUUUGCUGGUAUACAUAGAGACAGGCAUAUUCCUUUUUCUCUUCAUCGAAGCCACAGUGAUGGCGUAAUGACCUUGAUAAUCUGGGUGGACGAUUUUGAACAAAGAGGGCGGCGUCCCUUCAUUACUCCCACAGGGAUGGCGCAAUGACCUUGAUAAACUGGGUGGAUGGUUUUAAAUAAAGAAGGCGAUGUUUCUUCAU